AACGCUACCUGAAAAAUACAGAUUUUCUUCAUCAAAACCCUCGGUCAUCAUGCAGCUUUGCCUUGUUACUAUUAUUAUGAUUCUGGUAUAUAAUAAUAUCCCCAUCUCCGUCACUAGUCAGAAUCAGAACACGGCCGUAUAUAGUUACCACUUCUGCGCCGCCAACGAAACAGCCAACGGCAACAAAUUUAAGACCGAUCUCACCGCUCUACUCGAUUCUCUUUCUUCCAAAUCUCUCUCCCAGAGCUUCUACAAUGACUCAUCCGCUACCAACACCAUCUCCUCCCUCUAUCUCUGCCGCGGCGACGUCACUCUCCAAACAUGCCAGAAUUGUGUCGCCACGGCGAUUCAGGAAAUCAAGAAUCUCUGCCCGUUUGGGCGGCAGGCAAUUAUCUGGUACGACGAGUGCAUGCUAAGGUAUUCCAACGAAAGUUUCAUCGGAAAGAUGCAAAUAUAUCCCCAAGUUCUCAUGUGGAAUUUUAACAACAAUACUUCUCCCGACGAACCGAAUUCCUGGGCUUUGAGUCUGUUAGAUCGUCUGGUCGCUGAGGCUCCGGUAACGGAGAUUAUGUACCGGGCAGAUGUUUUGGUGACGACGGUAGGUGGAAAUGGAACUGACCAGACUCGAUAUUCUUUAGUUCAGUGCAGCAGAGAUAUAAGUGUUGACGAUUGCAGGACUUGCCUUAGGAAUCUGACGAGUCGAAUUGAGGGUUGUUGUCAGGGGAGAAAAGGUUGGAGGAUUUUGACUCCCAGUUGCAAUAUCAGAUACGAGGAAUACAGAUUCUUCACCACUCCAGAUCCUCCUACAGGAAACACAACCAAUAACACAACCAACUUUUCGAAAACAAAGAAGAACACAACCAAGAUUAUACUUUCCAUUGUUUUACCCAUAAGUGCAGUGUCCGUGGUUGUCUUCGGGUUCCUCUUUUACCGUUGUAAAAGCAUAAAAAAAGACAAAGACAAUCUAGGGAGAAGCCAAGAGAUCUUAAUGAGUAAUGAUUAUACGGAUGAGGAUAGAAUGGACUUGAAGGAUGGAGAUGACGGUGCUGGAGAGAUACACUUCUUUGAUAUUUCUACCAUAGAAACCGCUACUAACAAUUUCUCUGCUGCAAAUAAGCUUGGACAAGGCGGAUUUGGACCUGUUUACAAGGGAACACUGGUUGAUGGAAAGGAAAUCGCGGUUAAGAGGCUGUCAAGGAAUUCGGGACAAGGGGUUGGGGAGUUCAAGACUGAAGUGAGGUUGAUAGUGAAGCUUCAACAUCGAAAUCUUGUCAGGCUAUUAGGUUGCUGCAUCGAGCGGCAAGAAAAGCUCUUGAUUUACGAAUACUUGCCCAACCUAAGUCUUGAUGCCUUCUUAUUUGAUGCUACAAGAUCUCGAGAAUUGGAUUGGGCUAAACGGUCGAAUAUAGUCAAUGGUGUGGCGAAAGGUCUUCUUUAUCUGCACGAAGAUUCUCGGCUGAAAAUCAUACACAGGGAUCUAAAAGCAAGCAACAUCUUGCUGGAUGCCGAUAUGAACCCAAAGAUAUCAGAUUUCGGCACUGCCAGGAUUGUUGGAGGCAACCAAAUUGAAAUCAGCACACAGCGAAUUGUCGGAACAUACGGGUACAUGGCACCAGAGUAUGCAAUGGAAGGGAUAUUUUCGAUCAAAUCAGACGUUUAUAGUUUUGGUGUUUUGUUGCUCGAGAUCGUGAGCGGAAGGAAAAAUUCAACAGCUUUUGGUCAGACGCCGCAUGUCCACAACUUAUUAUCACAAGCAUGGAAGCAGUGGAAUAGUGGGAAAAUUGAGGAGUUGAUAGACGGGACAACCGUAGAAAGUUGGUCGAUAGAAGAGGCAGUUAAAUGGACUAACAUUGCGUUGUUGUGUGUACAAGAGAAUCCCGAAGCCCGACCCACAAUGUCCUCGGUUGUUCUCAUGCUUGGAAACCAAUGGACAAGCCUUCCUCGACCUGUGGAAGCACCGUUUUCUGUUGGUCGGUUUUCAGCGUCAACUGGAGCCGAGACUGUAUCUAUCAGUUCGUCGCAUCAAACUUCUACUAGCAAUUCAAACUAGGUAGUGAUUGUAUAAUGAUGGACACAGAAUUCAAUUUAUAAUUUAAACAUGUAUGACUGAUUGUAAAUGUAUUGAAUUCAGAGCAAAUAAAUGUCAUUCAAC